AUUGACAAAAUACAACGACCACCAUCGGCAUCAGUCAUCUCUUGACAACACAAGGGCUAUGAUAAAUGUUCUAAAAAAACAACGACUUCAGGAAGGGUGCGGGGUGCAAAUGAUGCCACCGCUGGAUCCAACCAACCACUGAAGACCAAAUUGUGUGCUUUCACCCUGAAUAUUUAGUCCGAGCAAAUCUCAAGCAAAGCAUUCAACAAGGUAACCAACUAGGGCCAGACAUGGAAUUUUCAUCCCGGAGCUCAAGACUGGGUACUCGAGAAACACAAUCAAAUCAGAGUCAUCAUGUGUUGUCGUCUCCACUUUCCGUGAUCCAGCAUGCCACACGAGUGAUGAUCAUGCACGCAUAAGCAGCCAGUGGUCGUACAUAUUCAUGUUCUUUACAGUUGAGCUAAUUGUGUGGCCAGCCAAAAGACCGCACAUCUAUAAAAGCACUACGAUCAGGGAUAAUCCGUACAUUGGCUUCAAACUCACCGGCGACCAUCACACACUUGCCAAUAUUAGGGAAGAGCUAGCCAGAGGCAGGAACCAAACCAAGAGCAAAAAAUAGGCAAGGUCCUCCAUGGACUCCCUCAAGUCCUGCUCCAUCGAUCACAUGCAUGCAUGCAUGCAUGCAUGCACAUGGGGGCGCUAGAUCUCCUCUGGCUUGCUACCACGAUCCCAAACUCUUCUCUUCCACACGCGUACGUAGAAGGGGAGGAAAAAGGAAGGAGGACGCACGUACGAACGAGUCGAAUUAUCUAUAGGGAAUCGUCCAUCGAUCGAGAAACCAAGAUCAGGCCGGCCGCCGAUCGAUCUCGUUGAAUAAAUGGAGAGGAGCAAGGGCUGCCUCUCGCUGCUGCUCCUCGCGGCCGUGGUGGCGUCCCUCGUCGCCGGCUCGUCGGCGGGCAUCUACCACAUCGUCGGCGCCGGCAAGGGCUGGCAGAUGGCCCCCAACAAGACCUACUACGGGGACUGGGCCCGCACCCGGAACAUCAGCGUGGGCGACAAGCUCAGUGAGUCGAUCUAUCUAUCAUCAAUUCCUAUUUAUUUUUUUCCCCUUCUUCUUCUCCGGCUCCGGCGGGCGCCAUCGAUGGGUCCUUGACGCCGGCCGUCGCAUCGCAUGCGCGCAGUGUUCCUGUACCGGAGCGGGGUGUACAACAUCGUGGAGGUGCCGAGCCGGGAGCUGUUCGACGGGUGCAGCAUGCGCAACAUCACCAACCGGUACCAGAACGGGCCUACCAUCAUCGAGCUCAUCCCGCCCGCCGGCCCGCGCUACUACUUCUGCGGCGUCGGCAAGCACUGCGAGGAGGGCCAGAAGCUCAAGAUCUACGUCGCCCCCUUCGCGCCCUCCCGCACGCAGAAUGACGACCAGGCCGAAGACGCCGACGACGACGGCGACGUCAUGUCCGGCGGCUCGCCCGCCCCCGCCGCCGUGCCGCUGCUCGCCCUCGCCGCCUGCUUGCUGCUGAUGUAAACUUGAUCCAUCAACGUCAACGAUCUGUCAAUCGGUCAAUCGUAUAUGUGUACGGUUUUUUCACCAGCAAAAUAAUGGGCACUACUCGGCACGUUCGUACGCCCGGCCCGAUCAGAACCCAACCAGCAGCGCGCCCCAGAUCCUACUAUACAGACAUGGAAGAGAGCUCCAGGACGACGCUGUCCAGGAGAUCCUCUUCCGUUGUUCCACAGCCUGCAAGCGGUGGCGCGAACUUGUGGCCGAUCCUUCCUUCCUCCGUCGCCGCUGGCCGGCAGAUGCACCCAGAU